AUGAAAUAUCUUGUUGAAGCAAGUGAUAGUGAUGUGUUCAUUCUACGCCCGGUCGACCAUUACGCCCGUCAUCUCAUUACGCCCGUCGCCCAUUACACCCGUUCAUCCCUACGCCCGUCAUCCACCAUUACGCUCGUCUUCCACUACGCUCGUCACGCAUCCGCUCUCACUUCCUCCCCAGAUUCUACAGCAAAUGCCGGAGUCUGGAUGUCACACCAGAGUCGAAAACGAUUACCACCACACCAGGGCAUUGUUCAGAGAAGACGUGGGCGGAUACAAUGUCUCUUCCACAAAAUUGUUGAUGGGAACGAGGCACAGGUUUUAUAUUUCUAA